AUGGUGGCGUCCAAGGAAGUCGAGGCAGCAACAUCUGUUCCAAGCCCUCUCGAGGAUGGGCCCCAUAAACACGCAGAAGUCCUCGGCGCUUCUCAUGAAACCGUGGUUAUCGAUGAGGACCUCUCUCGCAUGAUCGCGAGGAAAUUCGACUACCGCAUCUUGAUCCUCUUCCUCAUCAUCAAUUUGUUUUCAUUCAUUGAUCGGGUGAACAUCGGCAACGCCAGACUGUUGGGACUGGAGAAAGAUCUCGAACUGGGAGUUGGCCUUCGGUACAACAUCGCGCUGAUGUGUCUCUUCGUCUCAUACUGCGUGGUGGAAUUGCCCUCCAAUAUUGCGUGCAAAUACUUCGGUGGCAAUAUCUGGAUCCCUUUCCUGGUGUUCUCCUUUUCGAUCAUCACGACCUUGACCAGUCUGGUCGAAUCGCGCGGCAGUCUCUAUGCUGUUCGGUUUCUCCUCGGCUGCGUGGAGGGAGGAAUUUCGCCUGGGCUGGUAUGGAUGCUUUCACAAUUUUAUCGACGACAAGAGCUCGGCUUUCGCACCAGCAUCUAUAUUUCGGCCGCCUCUGCAAGUGGAGCAUUUGGCGGCUUGUUAGCAAUUGGACUCAGCAAGAUCCCCCCAUGGGGCCUGAUCCAUACAUGGAGGAACAUCUAUUUCUUCGAGGGAAUAAUCUCUUUAUUCAUUGCGAUAGCCGCGUGGUUUAUAAUCCCCUCAGGACCCGAGACGGCUAAAUUUCUCACUGAGGAAGAGAAAGCCACGGCAGUAACUAGGUUGCUGGCUGAUGCUGUCGGUACCUCCGAACGAGGCCGUACACAAUUUAAACACGUUUGGCAAGCCUUGACCAGUCCACACGUUAUUGGCUGUGGCUUCGGAUUUUUCCUUUCCAACACGGUCGCCCAGGCAUUCGGGGUUUUUGCACCCUCAAUUAUCAGGGGUAUGGGUUACUCCAGCACAGAUGCCCAACUGCUUUCUGUGGGUCCCUAUGCGGUGGCAUGCGGUUUUUCGAUUGCAGUGGGCUAUUUGUCCGAUCGCUAUAAACAGCGAGCCUUGCCCAUUAUAUGCACUGCACCCUUUGCGAUUGCUGGAUUCUUCAUGCUUGAGUUUCUCCCCAACGACAGACCUGCCGCCAAGUAUGGCGCGCUGUACCUGGCUGCGACUGGGCUGUAUGCUUUUGUACCGAUCUGGCUGACCUGGGCUGUCAACAACUGUGCAACUGCGACGGUGCGAGCCGCAUGCUCGGGCAUAGUCUUCACCAUGGGCAGCUUAGGAGGCAUCAUGGCACCCUGGAUGUUCCUUCCGAGGGAUGCGCCGGCUUAUCGUACGGGUCACGCAGUUCUAGUAGCAUUUCUUUGUGGAAGCUGGGCGUGUGCAGUGCUUCUCUGGGGGUAUUGCAGGUGGGAGAAUCGUCAGCGCGACAUGGGCAAACGAGACCAUCGCUUGCAAGGACUGACGAGAGAGCAAGAGCUGGAGCUGAGCUCUCGCCAUCCUGCCUUCAGAUAUUUGGUCUGA